UAGUCGCUACUAGAUCUUCAUUAUCAUAUGUUUUCCGCACACUGUUGCAAGUGUUAACAUUCAUACACCUGCGAGCUGUUUAAGGCAGUGCAGACUCAUCGCCGAAAAAAAAUCUCUACUCCAAAACACCGUUUUAUUCUUAUCGUGGAGGACUACGCGGGGUUAAUUUUGCGAUUGCUUGACGUACGUUGCGCGAGCUCACCACCCCGGCAAUAUGAUUAUAACGCUGAAAAACUUACAGCAGCAAACCUUCACGAUAGAGAUCGACUCAUCGCAAACUGUCAAAGAUCUCAAGGAGAAGAUCGAAUCGCAGAAAGGCUUCCCCGCCGAACAUCAGAAGUUGAUAUACGCUGGGAAAAUAUUAGCGGAUGAGCAGCCUUUAGCAGAAUAUAAUAUCGAUGAGAAGAAAUUUAUAGUUGUUAUGGUAACAAAGCCUAAAACUGGUGCUACACCUAAAACAAGCGAAGAACAGCGCACAGAGGGUGAUAAGAAGGAGGAAUCUACUAGCUCGGCAACUACACAACCUAGUUUGAACCCUAAUGUUCAGGAUACUACACGAGCAGCUAGUAAUGUGCAAGAGCAACCCGUAGCAGCUGCUCCAGCGGCUGGUCAAGCAGAAAGUGCCUUGCUAAUGGGAGAGGAUUAUAAUACUAUGGUAAACAACAUUAUGGAUAUGGGAUAUGAACGUGAGCAGGUUGUACAGGCGCUACGCGCAAGUUUUAACAACCCUGAUAGAGCUGUCGAGUAUCUCAUAACAGGUAUACCAGCGCAACUCUUUGAGGAUCCACCUGAAGAUCCACCGGAAGCUCAAGAACAACUUCAGGAUCAGAGUCAAGAUCCAUUGGCCUUUUUACGUUUGCAGCCACAAUUUCAACAAAUGCGUCAGGUCAUUCAGCAGAAUCCACAGCUGUUGAACAAUCUUCUUCAGCAAAUUGGUUCCACUAAUCCUGCCCUUUUACAGCUUAUUUCUCAAAAUCAGGAAGCAUUUGUACGCAUGCUCAACGAACCUGUGGAACCUACUACGGGAACGGGGGCGCGAGUUUUACCAUCCGGAGGAGGUGUAGGACCCGCGGCUGCAGCUACUGCGGGAGGCGCUGUGAAUGGUGGACCUGGCGCGGGUGCAGCAACGGGCGUAGGAUCUGGUUUAAUACAGAUAACACCACAAGACAGAGAAGCUAUUGAGAGGUUGAAGGCAUUAGGUUUCCCAGAACAUUUAGUCGUACAAGCAUAUUUCGCCUGUGAAAAAAACGAAAAUCUCGCUGCUAACUUCCUACUUUCGCAAAACCUUGACGACUGAAUCGCUCAUCUUGAUUUUGCGCGGUGUUUCGAAUAAAGAACGGGACUGACAGAGGGUGGAUGAUCGCACCAUUAUCAUUUUUACCUUACAAUAAUCAUCUUUAUUUUGUAUAUAGAUAUAUACAAUAUCUAUGCUAUUUUAUUUGUUGUGUAGAUAAAAUCCUGGUGUGUUUGGUAAGCGAUUGAAUUUAAAGAUAGGCGCAUACCAUAACAUAUAUGUCGACUCUUUUAAGCAUUGUUUCAUAUUUUUAAAAACAUUUCAUUCAAUAUCUAACACAUGUUUAUGAGAGAAAGAAUUGUUGCUUACAGCAGAUGAUGUUAUAAAAUCCAUCCUUACAGCCUACAAGUGCUCUAAGAUCUUAUAUUUCUUUAAUAUAUAUGGAGCAAUAUAAUUGCAUUUUUAUAUGAGAAAGCCUUAUGAGCCUUACUCUGCAGAAGAAUACCUUGCAGUAGUUAUAUAUUGAGGGUCGGGCAUAUAUAAAUUGAAGAUGUGUUCACUCUCGCGUUAAGGUAUGUUUUAUACAUAUCUAAAUGUUUGCAUGUAGGUAUAAUAAGUGCAUUUUGUAUAUUUCUCGGCUUUCUGAUAUAAAAAUUUUAGAAUGCAUCUGUUUGGGUAUGU